AUGACUGGGAUUUCCACUGUCCAGCCACCAUUGCCGUCACCGCAUGUUAACAUGCAGUCUUGGGCUCAUGGGGCUAAACUAUCUGGGAAACAGUCAGGGGAACCACUGGAAGAAAGGCACGCUUGCAAAGUGAGAAAAAAUGUGUGGACUAUAGCCCCAAUUCAAAGGCACAAAAUUCUUGAAUUCAUCCCCACUGCCGAACCACUACCACCAUCCUAUUCAAAUGUCACUUCCCCAGUGCCUACACAGAUAGAGUCUGUUCCCCUUCCCAAUCUGACAAUUAAUCACUUGCAGAAAGACAAAAGAAACCUAACAAAGGUUGCUCAACGGGCAAAAGUGAAAGUCCAAGCACUUCAAGCUGAAAUUAAAUCAAUUAAAGUGGAAAUGACAAAGAAUAUGAAGAAAUUGGACCUGCGCCUCGAUUUAGAGAGGGAAACAUCGAUGAGUUUGGAAUCAAAACUCACCAAGUUGAGGAGAUCUUCAAUGUGCUGGCGGAGGAAAUCAUAUGCUCUCCAGCAGCAGAAUGGAAGGCUCCAAUCGAGACUAAAGAACAGCCUUAACCAAACCAAAUGUCGUAGGAAGCUGUCCCUUAAGUAUGGAAGCUUCUUCUCAUUUAAGGCCCAAUCUCUGGUCCGCCGUCUCUGUUGCCUUAAUAUACCCGAUGUAACAAUUGGGAAGGUCAUCAAAGAAUGUGCUGGGUUCUUUGGAAUCACUCUGAACAAUGUUCCGAGUGCAUGGACAUGCAGUCGGAUCAUGAUAGAAGCUGGGAUAGCAGCUGAAGCUCAGAUUGUGGAGGUUGUGCGGGACGCAAAGGGUAUUGCCUAUAGCGGUGAUUCUACACAACACAAGCAUAUUGAUUACCAUGGGUCUCAUUUCACAAUGGACACUGCUGAUCUGCCACACAAUUCCACCCCAUCCCCGGAACCAGCAAAUCACAAAACCUUUUUCCUUGGAAUCGAGUCACUACCUUUGCACACAAAAACUAGGGAGAUUCUGUUCUUCCCAUACAAGUCUUCCAAGUCUGAGGUUGGCGGAAGAGGUCAAACCUGA